CUCCCUUCCCAACUGUCUCUUGCUCUUUCCAUUCUCACUCCUCUCUUCCUUCACCAAAACUCUCUUCCUCUCUCAAUAGCUCUUGGGAUUUCAUCAAUGGCUGCAAAAAGGUUCUUCAGUGAAUCCGGUUCCGACUCCGACCCGCCGUCUGAAAAACGGAUGCGAACUCGGCCUUCUUUCGCUUCUGUAAUUGGAGAAGUAGUGAUGGUGAACUCCUUGAAGAACUUCUGCUCGGGCUUGGAGCCGAUGCUUCGAAGAGUGGUGAAUGAAGAGGUGGAGCGCAGCCUUGUACGGUGCUCGCGCACGCUUCAGCGAGUCCCCUCGCUCCGAAUCCAAGCCCCUGAACCCUCGAGCCUUGAGUUGAGGUUCAGCAAAAGCCUCACGCUGCCCAUCUUCACCGGAAGCAAAAUCGUGGAUGCGGACGGUUUUCAGCUCCAAAUCAUCCUUGUUGACACAAGUGGCGAUCAAGCGGUCUCCCCAACUCUCCCUAGCCCAAUCAAGGUUGAGAUCGUGGUCCUCGAUGGUGAUUUUCCUCCAGGAGACCGCACUAAUUGGACGAGCGAGGAAUUUGAUCGGAACAUUGUUAGGGAGAGGCAAGGUAAGAGGCCUUUGCUCGCUGGAGAGCUGAGCGUGACCAUGAGGAGCAAUGGGGUGGCUGCCAUUGGGGAUAUCGAGCUGACCGAUAAUUCGAGCUGGAUUAGGAGCAGGAAGUUCAAGCUUGGUGCUAGGGUUUCUCCAGGGAGCUACCACGGCAUUAGGAUAAGCGAAGCCAUGACCGAGGCAUUCGUUGUCAAAGAUCACCGAGGAGAAUUGUACAAGAAGCAUUAUCCACCACAGUUAGGGGAUGAGGUGUGGCGUCUAGAGAAAAUUGGGAAAGAGGGAGCAUUUCACAAGAAGCUGGGUGAAGAAGGAAUUCAGACGGUCCAAGAUUUCUUGAAGCUGUCCGUUGUGGACCCAUCUAAGCUUAGAAAGAUAUUGGGAGCUGGAAUGUCUGAGAAGAUCUGGGAUGCAACCAUAAAGCAUGCAAGGACCUGUGACAAGGGCAACAAGCACUACAUUUACCAAGGGCCCAACUUCAGCAUCACCUUGAAUCCAAUCUGCCAAGUUGAAAGGGCUAUAGUAGAUGGGCAUAUCUACAACCACAAGGACCUCUCAAAUAACAUCAUCAGGCCCUACAUUGAGACCUUGGUCAGACAAGCUUACUCACAUUGGAGCACACUGGAGGAGAUUGAGCUUCCUUACUACCCUGAAACACCUCAACUAACACUAGGUGAGGUGGAGGAUCAGUACCCAACACAUUAUCAGCUGACAGAUAAAGCUUUUGAGGAUUACCCACCAACCAAUCAUGUACAGAUUGGGGCUGGUGCUGAUUGGCAGAUAAACCCAGCAUUUGUGAACACCACUUUUGAGCAUGCCAUCAGGUACAGCAUCCCAGAGGCAUCAUCUUCAUCCAAUAUUAACAAUCUUGCACCUCCAAGGUCUUUCAUGGAUGGGAGGUGAAUUAGGGCUAGAUCGAUGCACUGAAGUUUAGUUGUACAUAGUCAAUCAGGUAGUUUGGGGGGG